GCUGUGCUGGCCUCGCUCAUCAUCGCGGCCAACGCGCUGGUGGCCAUCGCUCUCCUUCGCCUCAUCCAGAAGAGCAGCUCUAAGGGGCUCUACUUCGUCCUUAAUCUUGCCAUUGCGGAUGCCAUGGUUGGCUUCACGGUCGUGGGUCUGGUCCUGGAUGAGUUUUCCCAGCCCUUUUAUCCUCCCCCGAUCUUCUGUGUCCUGAGAAUGGCUUUCGUGACCUCCUCUUCUGCUGCCUCUAUCCUAUCCCUGAUUCUGGUUGCGUGCGACAGGCACCUGGCGAUCAGGAAGCCUUUCCACUAUUUCCAGCUGGUGACAGGCCUGCGGGUCGGGGUGCGCUUGGUGGGGCUCUGGCUGAUUGCUGCCAUCAUUGGCUUCCUCCCGGUCCUCGCCCCGGGCUUCCAGAAGAUCUCCGCCCGUGGGAAGUGCUCCUUCUUCAGCGUCUUCCACCCCACCUACAUGCUCACCAUCUUCUGCGUCGGCUUCUUCCCAGCGCUCUUUCUCUUCAUUUAUCUCUACUGCGACAUGCUGAAAAUUGCCUCUGUGCACGUGCAGCAUAUCCGGGAGGUGGAGCACGCGGGGCUGGCGGGGGGCUGCCCCCCGUCCCGCACCACCAGCGACAUGAAGGCCAUGCGCACCGUCGCCGUGCUCAUCGGGUGCUUCACGCUCUCCUGGUUGCCGUUCUUCAUCGCCAGCAUCGUGCAAACCGUCUGUCCGGAGUGCUUCCCCUACAAAGUCAUCGAGAACUACCUCUGGCUGCUGGGGCUGUGCAACUCGCUCCUGAACCCCCUGCUCUACUCCUACUGGCAGAAGGAUGUGCGGCUGCAGCUCUCGCAGCUGGCUGCAGGCGUGAAGAGGAGAGUCCUCCUCCUCCUGGGGAACGGCCGGCGUUUCCCUGGCAGAGGCACCAAGUCUCUCCCCACCGUGUCCUGCCUGCGGCUCCAGGACUGA